GACAGCCUCGCGCAGCUCCUGCUGCUGCUCAAGCCGCUGCGGCGGCUGACUGUUCUGUCAUGAGUUGAAAAGGGCUGCGAGUGCUUAGGGGAACAGCAGUUCUGGAGACUGAGCCCUGCUAAGUGGUCUCUCUGUCAGAGGGGACAGAAUUUUCUGCAGGAUUGCAAACUUGGACCUAUUACCACUUCAUCUACCCAGAAAAAGAGGCAGUGCUACAGAGGAUACGGGGGAUAGAACCGCUGCAAUUAAGGUGGGCACUGGAAAGAAGAUGUUUUGAGGAGUCAGUGUUUCAGAGACUGGAAGCCACUAACGAUGGAAAACGAGACAGUCAGUGAACUGAACCAAACACAGCUUCAGCCACGAGCAAUGGUGACCCUAGAAUACCAGGUGGUCACCAUCUUACUUGUGCUCAUUAUUUGUGGUCUGGGCAUCGUGGGCAACAUCAUGGUAGUCCUGGUGGUCAUGAGAACCAAGCAUAUGAGGACCCCCACAAACUGCUACCUGGUGAGUCUGGCAGUUGCUGAUCUCAUGGUCCUGGUGGCUGCGGGCCUCCCCAACAUCACAGACAGUAUCUAUGGCUCCUGGGUCUAUGGCUAUGUCGGAUGCCUCUGUAUUACUUACCUCCAGUAUUUGGGAAUUAAUGCAUCCUCUUGUUCAAUAACAGCCUUUACCAUUGAGAGAUACAUAGCAAUCUGUCACCCGAUCAAAGCCCAGUUUCUCUGCACAUUUUCCAGAGCCAAAAAGAUCAUCAUCUUCGUCUGGGCUUUCACAUCCCUUUACUGUAUGCUGUGGUUCUUCUUGCUGGAUCUCAAUAUUAGCACCUACAAAGAUGCUACUGUGGUAUCCUGUGGCUACAAGAUCUCCAGGAAUUACUACUCCCCUAUUUAUCUGAUGGACUUUGGUGUCUUUUACGUUGUGCCAAUGAUCCUGGCCACCGUUCUCUAUGGAUUCAUAGCUAGAAUCCUCUUCUUAAAUCCCAUUCCUUCAGAUCCUAAAGAAAACUCUAAGGCAUGGAAAAAUGACUCAACCCAUCAGAACAAGAAUUUGAACUUAAAUACCUCUAACAGAUGUUUCAACAGCACAGUAUCCUCAAGAAAGCAGGUCACCAAGAUGCUGGCAGUCGUUGUAAUUCUGUUUGCCCUUUUAUGGAUGCCCUACAGGACUCUUGUGGUUGUCAACUCAUUCCUCUCCAGCCCUUUCCAAGAAAAUUGGUUCUUGCUCUUUUGCAGAAUUUGCAUUUAUCUCAACAGUGCCAUCAACCCAGUGAUUUACAAUCUCAUGUCCCAGAAAUUCCGUGCAGCCUUCAGGAAGCUCUGCAACUGCAACCAGAAGCCAACGGAGAAACCCACUAACUACAACGUGGCCCUAAAUUACAGUGUCGUCAAGGAGUCAGACCACUUCAGCACAGAGUUUGAGGAUAUCACUGUCACUGACACUUAUUUGUCUGCCACAAAAGUGUCUUUUGAUGACACCUGCUUGGCUUCUGAGGCAACCUCUAGUGAAAGUUGAUUGAUAAAUUAGAAGGAAAUCAAAAUCAGCAAAAGAGGAAAUGGGAAAACUCAUAUGUGAAGAAGGAGCAGAUGGGACUUUGCCAAUGCUCUGACAAGUCUUAGCCCCAGAUACCUAAACCCAUGAACACGAUUCAGAUUUUCCUUCUUAGAAAAAGAGCAGAUCUGUGAAAUAGCUAAACCAUGGAAACUGAAAGUGUAGCUCUUUUCAGUUAAUUUCAGAAAUUUACUACAUUUUCUAGUUGGGAAAUUUUCAUAAAAUCUAGACACCAAGUCACAUUAUAUAUAGUAACAUUCUCAAAAAUGAUUUCCCAACUGCUUCAAAAAUUACCAGUAUACUUCUUGCUUUGGUAUUAUGUAUAGCUUUAAAUGUUUGCACUUAAUAUUUUAUUUUAACAAAGUACAGAGAUAUUAUGUGAAUAUCUAAGAAAAAUAGAGAAAAGUUUUUUAAAAAUCAUAUGCUUAGUAAAAAUGAGAUUCAGAAAAACAAACCCACUAUAUUUUUUAAAUUGUCAUAAUGUUUAUUAAAUAUUGAGAUGAUUUUUAUCUCACAAAGUAGAUAGACAUCAUUCAACUUCAAUGUAAAAUAAAUCCCAAAAUAUCCAAGUUGUGUGUUGAGGAGUCUUCAGCUUUGUUUCCAAGUUACAUCCAGACCUUAGCUACUCUUAGAGCCUCAGAAAUGAUGAUUUGAACAAAGAUUAAAUUGCUGUAAACACAAAACUGCCAUAUCAUUAAUGUUGAACAGUAUAGCCACAUUGAGACCAAGUAUUUAAAAUAAGGUUUUCCUUUUUUUUUCUGAAAUGUUUAAGAAAAAAGAUCCUUUUUGAACAUUCUUGUGUAUAUAUUACUGAGCCAUGUCUAGUGAAUAUAGCUUAUAGUCUGCUGAAUAUAGCUGCAUAUAGCUUAAAAAGUCUGAAACAGUUUCAAAAGCAUUGUUGUUAUUAAAGUCAGUCAAAGCCUGGCUAUUACACAUUGAGGUGAAGACCUCCUACUGAGAAUUGUAGUUGAUGGAUUUGUAACUUUCCUUCAAUUGUCCUUCGUUUCUGUUUGCUUUUCACUUGCUUUUUCAAAUGCUGGUUAUGUUUUGCUUACAGAUUCUAAAUCAAAGCAACGAAAAAUUCUGUUUGCUUUAUCUUCAACUGAUCUCAUCAUAUUAUCGGUUUCUCAUCUCUGCAGUUAUGACCUAGACUUGCUUUGCCAGUGAUCAUUAGACAGAUGUGAAUAUGCAUCUUCCCAGGACAUUUUUCUCUGUCCAAUUUUUAUCUCUUACAAAUUACUCACCUACUGAGAUUUGAUCAACCAGCAUCUCCAAGCUAAAUUACCCUUGGUGAUAAUUCACUAAUGGCUUAUUUUUGAUGACUGUAUGAAAAAUUCUCAUACUCUUAAGUGUCCUAUAUGUUGACCUUUUCUUUCUCUAGCCUAUUUCAUGGAUAUUUUCUGAAAUCUGAUUACUAAUGAUAAUUACUCCUCCUUACCUUCUUAAAGUAAAGUACAUUAUUCUGUAUGGAAUCUCAUUUUUUAAAAUGCCACCUCAUGGAGACUCUGCCAUCCAGCGCUCCAGAAUACGCUUUUAUGAAUCUUGAUCUCAUCUGCUCCAGGAAGACAUUCUUAUCCUGUCACUGAGUCAGUAAACAAAUACAAACAAACAUUUACAGCAAAUACCCUAAAAAUCUGUCGCAUAACAUCGACCAAUCUAUUUUAACUGACUUUUCCAGGAUUAAGUGCUAAUCUUGAGGUCAUACAGACAAAGAACCAGAGUGCUCCAACCCCAACUCACACAAGCACAUGUAGAGGUGCCUGCAAACACACAUGCACAUGUGCAUAAAUUGGUUACCAAAGGGGAAUGGAAUAUAUUCUGUUAUUUCAAUAGGGAAAGGAACUAAUUUCAUUGAACAUCUAUAAUAUCUCAAGCAUGCUAACAGGUACAUAACUAAUACGAUCUCAUCACAGUCUCACUACAGCUGCAAUUUCUUUAAUGAUAUGAACAGAAGGUAGGAAUCAAUGCUGCUUAGUGUGGCUACUAGAAAGAGAAAAUAGGGGCAAUAUUUUUUUAAGUUAACACAUUAGCUAAAUUCUUGCAACCUGAUGGGCUACUUUAUAUAUAUAUGUAUAUAUAUUUCAUUCAGGUAACAUCAGAUGUUGAAAAAAUAUUCUUUUUAUAAGAUAUAUUCAGAACAUAAUACAUUCUCAUUCUUGGAAAUGUAAAUAAAGUCUUGACUUUUCCAUUUUAACUUUUAAAAACUUAUUUGCUAAUAAUUUAUUAGGUCUAAACUGCUUGAGAAAUUUAAAAGAGGGCAAUUCAGAGUGUUUCAUCUUUAAACCAAAUGACAUUAUAAAAUGGUUCCUGUGUAUUAUCUAAUAGAUAUCUGGAUCUACACAGGAGAGAGAUAAUGUUUUAAAGCAUUAUUCAUCACACUAUAUUAAAUCAUAAAAUAUUUUCAUAAAUAAUCAAAACUUAAUAUACCAUCAAAUGAAAACUAAGGAGCUAGAUGAAAAUUUGCGGGUAGAGUAAGGCAAUGUUAUUAAGAGCCCAAAGAAAGAAAAUUUAUUGCAUUAUUUUAUUACUUCCAGUUUCAUUAAUCUUUGGUUUGUUCAUGCCCUCAAGAUAAUUGGGGAAAGGGCACAGAUCAUGAAUAAAUCAAGCAAACAAAAAUCCAUAAAUUCUCUCUUAAGAGUUCUUCAUCAGUAUUAGGAACAUAUUUCUAGAGCACAAAACAACACAAAUAUUCUAAUGUUAAAGGUAAAGAGGAAAAAUCCAAACCUUACAAAGUUUGUGAUCAUUCUUAAACAGGUGAAAUGCAUAGAACAAUGCACCUUGAUAAUAUACCAAUAAAUGGCUAGUUUAAGCAAAACAGCCAGUAAAAUCAAAGAAAAACUAUAGCCAUAAACUUAGUUGAGUGUAUUAAGUAUUAAAUUGGUAUUACUUGAAUAAUUUAAUUUUCAGAUGACAACAUUAGAAUAUUAAGGACAAUAUGUUUCAAUGAAGCUGGUUCUACAUGGUUUUGCAACUGUUCUGAAAGAAUAAAAACUUAAGUAAUAUAAAUUAUGUUAGAUCUCUAAAUAUGAUAGAAACAAAAAACUGUUAACCUUUUAGAGAGAAGGAUUUUAGGUAUUUAACUCAUGAUUCUAAUAAUUUUACAAAUAUCAUGUUUGAUUUUAUUUUUAGUUCUGAAUUACAACUCACAAGAGACUGGAAUAUUUGUGUAUACAGUGAGAAAACUGGAUGUGAAUGCAAGAGAACCAAGAUUUGACUGAGUGGAUAUAAGUUUUUAGGGUAAUACAUAAGAAGAAAUCUUACAGAGCUCUGUAGUGAUAAAUGGUUUCCUCUUCUCUUUAUACUGUACAUCAUAUUUUCUCCUCCCCUCAAACUCUCACCCUUCACAACCAGGGCUUUCUCAGUGCAGGAACAGUCAUCUAACUUCAUCAACAUUGAUCUUGGACAUGAACUGUCUUACAUAAAAAGUAAAUGUUCUAUAUUUGCAUGUAUAAAAAGUAUGUUAUGGUUCCACAAACUCAUUUUCAUAAAAAUCUCCUUUAAAUUAAGGAAAAAUAUAUACCUCUGAAAUUUUUAUUUGACUUUUGACCUCAUUUAUUUUGGUAGGAACCAUGUGUAGAGUUGCUCUGCUUAACAUGGAUUUUCCUCUUCAAAGUAAAGGUUUAUAUUUCAGAAUUUUCUGUCAGAAUCUAAAAGAAUACUGAAUGCAUGCAAAGAUGCUCCAGUAUUUUGUUUAAGAAAACAAAAGGUUCAUCCCAUUCUCAGGAAACUCACAAUUCAAUGAAAAAUAUAAGACCAACAUGAUAAUAUCUCAAGAUGCAACUGUUUGGCAGUAUUUAGGAUAUGAAUUGGAGCUGUCAGAAAUAUUUUUUAUAGAAGAAAUUGUUAAUGGUAUAUUUGGAAAUAUAAUGUACAGUAUAAAGAUCUAUAUGGUCUGAUUCUAUAUUAUGGGCUAUAGACAUAUUGAUUAAUUUAAUUAUUAAGUUCAUUGAUAAUGCAAGAAAAAAGGUUAGAUAAGAAUAAUAUUUUCCUUAUAUGCCUUAUCUCUAAAUUUAAUCUCUAAUAACUCAGUUCCCAUUCUCAUGUAUAGAAACUGCACACUGGGGUAUAGUUUUGUUACUGAGGUGGUUAUUAACACUAAAUUGACCAUGCUGACAUAAAAUGAAUCUAUAUGGUUAUUAUUUCAAUAUUUAAAUAUCCGUUUUGACAGGAGUUAUCAUAAAUGUUUGAACACGGUGUUGGCAAGCCUGCUUCUAUUAUUCUACACAAAGUUGAUUCAUGGUAAAUCCAAUAUAUGAUGGUUAAUUCAGUUUGGGAAGUUACAACUGAAAAAAAGAGCUGGAUGAGGUAGUACAACUGAAACAUGACAUUGUCCAAAAUAUUCAAAUCUGGAUCCAAUGAAGAAAUAAAAUUUACAUAACAAUUUCCUGUAUGUCCUCAAGGAGAAGCAUCUAGGUCAAGUCCAUGGUACAGACACUCAGCUAGAAUAAUGUAACUGAAAGCACUUUGAAAAUUUCAAAAAUUAAAUGGAUGGGUUAAGCAAUGGAAUUCACCAGAGCUCCUGAAAUCUGAACCAUGAAGUACUAUCUGUAAGUGAUUAUUUUGUUUCUUAUAGAGUAAUGGACUUAAUUCUUGUGCCUGAACUUAUUCUCUGAAUUCUGAGAGAAAGUUCCUCAAGAAUAUGAUACACUGAUAAUGAUAAAGAUGAAGCCUUUUCAGAAAAGGAAAAUAAAUGCAAUGUAGUAAUAGGGUAAGACUUCACCUUACCAGAGAUCUAAAUUUAAAAAUCAAGAACAUUCUUGAUAUUCUUAAAAUAUCAGAAGAUAUCCCAAUAAAGAUCCCAAAUAUUUAUUCCCUAGCCAGGAAAAAAUUAGCCAUUUCUGCUUAGGAAUUACUCAGGAAAUUGUCUUAAAGUACACUCUUUAGCUACACCUGAGUCAUUCUUAAUUACUAGCUGAUUUUGAUGCCUAUAGUUCUCUGAGUAUACUCUGAAAAUUGAUUUCUUCUGAGUCCCCAUAUAGAGCCAUCAAAGAUCUCCACUGUCACAUAAUUCCUAAUAAGCUACUAAACAGAAAACUGCUUGAGGGUAAGUCUGUUUCAUCUUUGUAUUUCUAAAUUAUCUAAACUUGAUGGUCCCUAUAUGUACCUGUAAAAUGAAUGAAUAAAUCAAUGAAUUCCAAAUUAAGGGAUACAUUCUAAAAUCUUGAUGCUCAGUUUGCCAAUUGUAGGUUAUUUUCCCAAUAAAACAACUUACUUUGUUUACUUGUAGUUUUUAAGUAAUUCUCCUGGCUCAGUGAAGGGCACUCUGGUAAAUGUGUCAAGUGAAAGUCAGAAAAAUCUCUUAUGUGUGCAUCAUGCAUAACAAUUUCCAUAGCAGUCUCGUGUUCAUCAUCUAAUUUAAUAAUGAGAAGUAAAGGAGGUUAAGUAUUGCUCCUGCUUUCAAAGAGAUUAAAAUCCAAUGACAAUAUAUUAACACAGAAACAUAUAAGGAGACAGUAUAUAUAACUGAAAGCCAAAUUGCAUGACUUCAGAUUGUAAACAACUGAGCUCUUCAGCAAGAAAGGAUCAUCAGUAGGCCCUCUUGACAUUAAGCAGAGCUUUGUAAAGAAGGUAGGACUUCCUGCAAGGAUGGAUUUGAUCUAGAUAGUUAAAGAAAAGACUGUCCAUGUGAGAGAAACAAGAUGAAUGACAAACUUUAGGGCAAAUCUCUGGAUAUUAAGGACUUGAAUCCAAAGUAAGUUGAAUUCACCAAAUUGACAACAAGGCAGACAGCUAGUCCACAGAAAACAUAAAGGAGGUAAGGGACAGACAUGUACUUUCAUUUGUUGAGGAAAUAUUGACCCAUACACAAGAAUAUAAGCUAAAAAUGUAUAUGUCAGUUAUAUUUCUAAACUUUCAUUUAUGAUCUUUAAAAAAUAUAUUGCACUAGUGGUCUUGCAAGUGUUGUAAUUCUAAAAGUAUCCUUAUAGUCCUAGUUUUCCAAGUGAAAAAUAUAUGUGAGUCUAUAUCUUUUUUCUGUAUUAUAGUAUCACUGUAUAUUUAAAAAUAUUUAUGUAUGUGUAUUUUGAUAGAAAUACUUAACAAUUCUGGAUUUAUCCAAUUAUGCUUAACAUAGAGAUCAGAGCUAGCUUAGCGACCUAAGCCAUUUAUGAACCUAAGCUUCAACAUUAGACAUGAAAUCAAAAAACACAUAGUGACUAUUUCAGAUUACUGUGACGACAUUGUUGACUUGCAUGUUUAUGAUGUACCUCUGAAUGUUCUGGCUUUCUUCUGUCAGCUUUGGAAAUUUGCUGACUCACUUUAUCACUUUAUGUGUUCUUAUGGAACAAAGACUCUUCUUUAAGAAAGUGCAGUAUUAUGCGCUCUAUUAUGGGAAUGUGUGUCUGGUCUAUUGUGUGUAUGGGGAGCAAUAAAGCAUCAAGUGGAAAGAUCUGGAUUUUUAGCUUUCUUUUUCUUCCAAAUUGCUUCAUUUGGGGUAUCAUUUGACCCUAAGCCACUUGCCCAGCAAACUUUGUUUCAUUCAGUUCAGUGC